AUGGUACUUAUGAGUGCUGAUGCCAUUGAUGAUAGAAGUGCGGUAGACCGGAAUUAUCGGUGUUAUUCGCGUCGACAAACGCAAUCAACAAGUCAUCACGGACUGAGAUAUAAACGACUAAGCAGCUCAGCUGCAGAGGUUCAACAUUCGCAUAGUGAUGAUGAUGAAAAAUAUUCGUUGAAUGUAGUUCAUGGUAGUGGAUUGUUGGAAAGUACUCAUUCACUUACCUAUCUUGAAUGGGUACAUGAAAGGCAAACAAGACGUAUGCGUACACGGUCUGAAUGGUUCCUUUUGCCUGCAUCGUCAGCAAAAAAUAGCGGCACAUCACAGUUAAGUGCUUCUGAACUUUCCUCUACUAGCAUGCUUCAACCGUAUUCUCAGUUUGAUGACUCAACAGUGAGGUCACGUGAGAGACGCACGGAAAGUUCAGAUAAUGCUGAUGAAUGUCUCAUAAAUAAAACAUGCGAAGGAGCAAUCACCUCAUCUUCAAUUAAUGUAUCUGGAGAACUUCCUGCAGCAACACAGCCAGCAAUGUCUCCAACAUCUAGGAUAGCUGGUGGUAUCGUUCGUCGACGUUCUUGGCGUACUCAUUACGUACGUCCUAAUCGAAUCGUUGAGAGUGGUAAUAAGGAACGAGAUUCGAGCGAAGUUACUAUUAUUUCAUGUAGAUCAGCGCCGUUAUACCGUCGUAAUGUACCACAUACGUGCAGUCGAAGUUUGCCAGGUACUGGACAACCUAUACUACUACCAUCAUCUUUGAUUGAAUUGCAACAGCAGAGGCAGAAAUCAGGGGCAUCAUCACCGGAGUUUGAAAGGCGUUAUUAUCCAAAAAAUGGUAGUGAUAGUAGUAUUUCUCAUGGGAGAAGGUCAAAAACUGUUUCACAAUUUAAAAAUGUUCAUUUCUAA